AACUCCAAAUAUUUUAAUAACUCACGUAAAGUACAUAGAAAGAUUUGAAAUAGUUAUACACGUUUAUUACACGCCACAACAUGAGUAUAUCUGAGCACAGUCUUCACAUAGCGAACUCGCUUCGCUCGGCCACCUCUGACGCCAAGUCCUUGCUCAGCAAGUCGCAGAUGAUUGAUGUGCCACAAGACCUGGAUAUUCCGGCAAUAUGUUACAAAUAUUAUUUGGAUGACUACCACAGUUGCACCGACGAGGAGCGCGAGCGUAUUCACGAAAAAUUGGAUGCAUUGGAAAUGCUACGCACCAUUGAUCUUUUGCACAAUGAUUUGGCAACAUUGCGAUUGGAGAAUUGUAUUUUGGUGGACUUUUUGGAAAAGAAUGAUCCCAAGCUAUUGAUCGGUUUACGCCAGCGUCGCACCUCUAUAUUGAAAAAGCUACAGAACAAGAAUCAACGCGUAUCGCUCGCCGGCAGCCAGCCACAAUCCAGUCGCCACUCGAGCUCGAAGCGCUCUAUGGCCAUAUCAGCGUCCAUAGGUACGGGUACGGAAAAACGAAAGGCAAUCGAUUAUAGGCUGAACUAUAAGGCCAAAGCUGAAAUGGCGGAGAAAGCCGCCGCUGAGGUGGAGAAACGUGUGACUGACAUUGAGCGCAAUGCCAUGGUUGAGGUUAAGCAACUACGGGCUAAAAUCGAAGAGCUGCGCUUUCGCAGUGAGGAGACGAUUGAGACAGAGAAAAACUUUAUUUUGCAUUUUUUGCGUGACGAAAACGAUGUUGCUUUCUUGGAAACGGCAACGGAGCGACAGAUUGAGCGCAAAUUCCGCAAGUUUACGGCCAAUUGGUUUAAGAAUGCACGCGCCCUACUUGGUACCAUGCGACUCACCAUCAUAUCGCUACAGGAGACUUGUCAACAGCAUCGGGCAGAUCUCAUUACCAAGGCCGAUCUUAGCGGCAUUCUGACAGCCGUUGACUUCGAGAAGCUGAUAAUUAAACGCACUGAGCUGCUGAACGAGCUGGAGGAGAAGAGCAAUCACAUGGCCGGACUCAAGGGUGUCACCGGUAAGACUAGCCUGUCCAUGACCGAGGAAAAGCAGGUUAUGAUGAGUCUAGAGGCUGAGAUGCGAAAUGUGGUUACCAGAACCGAAGACGUUACUCGCGCCAUUGCCAAGCUGGAGAAGGAGGUCGCCUUAGUGCAGGAUAACAACAAAAAGGACCGCGUCGUUCUCGCUCAGUUGCGCACUCAAUUGUACGAUUAUGAGGCACCAAGCGUUGCCGAAUAUAUUGAACGCAAGGAGGAGGCCCUAAUGCUCGACAAGGAGGAGAAAAUGUUGCACCGCAAAAUCUACAUACUUAACAUGAAGCUUAACAACGCGUUGCGACGUUGCAAGCGAAAUUCCAACAAGUAAAACGAGAGCCCGCAAGGGAUACACAAGCAAACGAAUACGAAAAAUAAAAUUGUUUCCGAGUUAUGAUUUGUGCACUUA